ACCAGCAGUGCACACGUCAUAAGAUCUGUGUUUUAGCGACCUAAUAUCGCAUUGAUCUUUCGAACAGACUGGCAUCCCAACAAUUUGCAGCUUUGCGGAAUUAUUCAUGGUAGACAGUGAAAAUUACGAUCGCCCGUUGGCGCAGUAUAUUCCUUGUCCAACUUCGGACAACGGAAUGGCAGCAAAAGCUUGCCAGUCGGAAGGUGCGUCGACGGCAAGCGCUUGUGAGCCAGCAAAAUCCGACGCUGAAAAUGCGUUACAACGAAUCCAUUUCAAUCGGCGCUACUUUAGAAGCAUCGGGGGCACCAUGACCGUUACAGCCGCUGUCUGCGGAAUGAUUGCAACACUGCUGUACGAGUUGGGACUUGAUCGACAUUAUUAUUGGCCAUGGGAUAGGAAUCGUUGGGAAUUGUACGAGUAUGCUGUCCUUGCAUCAUGGCUGUAUUUAGCAGUUUUCGUCGUAUUCGUCGGAUUUUCCGCACAUAAAAAGCUUCGGAUCGGCGAAUCAACCAUGGAUUUCAUUGUGGCUGGACAGUCUAUUUUGAUGUUUCUGCUAAUAUGUCCUUUACCAACUUUGGCGACUUGCUUGGCUAUAAAAGGGGGGUACACAUACGGGAACAAUAACGCGGCAUCGGUGGCCAGCUAUGCUUUUGCAUUCCUGGAAAGCAUCGCUUUGUUUGUCACUGCCGCCGUCACCUAUCUUCACCUCAUAAAACAGUAUCACGCUCCAGCUUUUGAUUGAAAAGCAGAUCGAGAUCUGACAUGGCUCCUGCACACUUGGCUGAUCAAAAUAAUCGUAGUCAAGCAACAAUGAAUUUGGCUAGUCUUAACGUUAUCGAUUACUAUGUGUGGAUAUUGCAAAUCAGUAUUUAAGUUAUAAUCUGAAAAUUGCCUUGAUGUACAUGCUGUUAUAAACACCUUUUCAGUAUACAGUUUCCUGUCUAUGCUUGUCGGUAUUACUACGGUAUGCAAAUACGUAGCUCACUCGCCGACGUUGCCGUCAUGACACUUUACUGUUAGUUCGUCUUUUUGAUUCUGCUCAUCGCUUUGAAAGUGCGCAUAUACAUUUUGUGCUGGCACCACGAGAGAACUUGCUCGCAUUUUUUUGAAACAUAUUAUGCCGAGCGGCGUUCUGUAACACCAGUGUGGACUGGAUACGGUUAAGCGGUUAACCAGUGUGGAUUAAUACGAUUUGGAUACGGUUAAGUGUGAUCUGAAUUAAAACA